GCCAGGAGCGGGAUUGCUUGAGCCCAAGGCCUGGAUGGGCAGCUUCUGCAGGGGUGACCCGGGCGGCUUCCUGGCCCUCCUGGUCUGGCUUCAGCUUCUUCAGCCUCUGUUUAGUGGUACUUACAGACCCAGCGGGGAUUCCAGAGCGAUGCCCACAAGUCCAGCGGCCCCGGCACACCGGAACCGCAUGAAACCCCUGAGUAUUUCAGAUCCUUCGGUAGUUCCGGUGUCUCCAGACCCUGUUGGGACUCCAGGAUCGGUGACUCCUUCACCGACCACACCCAAAGAUGUCUUGGAAUCCAGUAGCAGCUCUCCAGCAGGACCGUUUUUUCCAGAACCAUGUGGCCGUAGAAUUAUGGAGUUAAAUCAUGGGAGGCCAUCGGCAGUAAGGAAGUGGCCUUGGCAGGUGAGCCUGCAGAGCAGAAAUGAACACGUGUGUGGCGGCUCCCUCAUCAGCCAUCAGUGGGUGCUCACUGCGGCCCACUGCAUAUAUGCCCAGGAGGAGUACACGGUGAUGCUGGGAGACAACGUGUUGAAUUCUGAGUCUGAAAAUGCAACGCUGGUCCCAGUCCAAGACAUCGUCUAUCCUUCCAAUUUUGACUCUCAAAGCAUGAAGAGCGACAUUGCCCUUGCUCUGCUGGCCACCCCUGUGAAUUACUCCUCACUUAUCCAGCCUGUGUGCCUCCCUGGGAAGCCCUUCCAGGUGAAGAAUGGGACGCUGUGCUGGGUGACCGGCUGGGGCCACCAGAGGGAAAAUGAUCCAGUGUUCACCUCAGUUCCCCUUCAGGAGGUUCAGCAAAACAUUCUUCUCCAGAAGCAUUGUAAUCGGCUGUUCCAGAGACAGUUGAAGACAUCUGAAAACCUAGUGAUGGAAGGGAUGAUCUGCGGCCGGCAUGAGUCAGGACAGAGUCCUUGUUGGGGAGAUUCUGGGAGCCCCCUUGUCUGUGAAUCUGACAACACAUGGAUCCAGGUGGGGAUUGUGAGCUGGGGCAUCAACUGUGGUCAAGUCUCUGUCCCCUCAGUUUACACAGACAUUGCAGAAUACGAUGAAUGGCUCAAAUAUAUUUUAAGUCGGACUUCCUGUGUGGAUUCCACGGGAGUCUUGGUCCUGUCCCUGUCUCUGGUGCCUCAGCUGGCCAUCCUGGUAAUGCUGUGACUGCCUUAGCCCACUUUCUUCCUGUUGGUUUUGAGUCUCCCACUAGGCCUCUUCUCCAGUCUCAUUUCCCUCGCUCUACCCUGUCUUCAGAUUCCAGUCAGGAUCCAUUGCCCUGGGGAGAGCCAUAGUGGACUGUGGCAGAGUGUCCCGACUGAUGUUCGGGUCACUUGUCUCAGACGCACCCAUACCUGAUUGUUCUUGCCUGGUGGGAAUGAGCGUGAACUGACCCCAACGAGAGGGCCAGCUUGACUGCUAGGUGGAGCACAAUGACUCUUAACAUUAUGGAGGACACCUGCCAAGAAGAGAGACUGGCUCUGUAUCACACGGCUCAGUGACUGCUGA